ACCUCAAAGAAAGAUGGAAAUGCCAAACAGGCUGUGACAAAAGAACCUGAAAAACCCCAUUUGCAACAGCAGCAAGGACAGCUGGAGAAGAUAAGGCAGCAGUUGCUCUUUGUAGCUAUGCAUCUGAAUGAGUUCAUCUAUAAAACUCUAGAUAAAACAGUUAACGAUUGGUCUGCAUCAAACAAUGAAGCUGUAGCCUCUUUACUGCAGACACUGAGAGAACUAAAAUCAGAACUAUUGGCUCCUCCUGCACCUCAGGUAAGAUCCACAGGCAAUGCUGACUCUGUUCAAGAGCUGGAAAGAGAGGCUUGGCAGCGAGAGAGGAACAUGCUGCAGAACGCCCUGAAACAGGCUGAGUCCCAACUGGCUAAAGCGAAUGCUGAAAUUGAAAACAAACCUGUGAUAGAAACUUCUAGUCCCAAGUUGCAGAGAUUGUAUAGAAAGUACCUUCGGGCAGAGAGCUUUAGAAAGGCUCUAGUUUAUCAGAAGAAAUAUCUCCUGCUGCUUCUCGGUGGAUUUCAGGACUGUGAGCAAGCAACCCUAUCUCUCAUCGCCCGCAUGGGAAUCUACCCCUCACCUGCAGAGCUGCAGCUCUCUGGAGCACGGGCACGACCCGUUACCAAGUUCAGGUGUGCGGUCAGGGCCAUCAUCGCCAUAUCGAGGUUAAAGUUUUUGGUGAAAAAGUGGAACAAAGUCGGCCGGAAGAGUGCACAGGGUGACAGCUUUUCUCACAGUGCGGGAGGCAACACAGCCUCUGGUGCUAGAACAGAUGUUCUGAAAGAGCAGCAACCCCCGGCAGUUCCCGUCAGCUCUCCCCCUACCCGGGACAGGGACACAGUGCUGUGCCACAGAACCAGCGCCGUGAGGUUCACAAGCCUGUCACCCCGAUCCUCCUCCCGCUCGCACAACAG